CAUUUAAAAACCACAGAGACAUUUCUUUUAAAAAACAACCUACGCACGAAGGGGAAAGGAUUAACAUAUUAUCAGACAAAGAUGUGACUACCUACUGAGACUAAUCAAGCAUUUUACAAACUUUCUUCUAAUGCCUAUGAGACUUCAGAAUCUAAAAAGGAAGGUUCUGGAUAUCUUUAAGCAGCCAACACACCUUACUUUUCCACAGGAUAAUUAAAAUGUCCUUAAGCAAUAUCUCAAAUUGCAAUGUCUACACACAAAUGGAACCAUUUACCUAUUUUUACUAUUUAAUUUUCCUCAUUGGAUUUAUUGGGAGUUGUUUUGCCCUAUGGGCGUUCACUCAAAAGGAUCAGAAACAAAAAUGUAUGAGCAUCUAUCUAAUUAACCUCCUAACAGCUGACUUCCUGUUGACUAUGGCAUUGCCAGUAAAAAUAAUUGUUGACUUAGGUAUUGCCCCCUGGAAACUGAGGAUAUUCCACUGCCAAGUCACAGCUUGCCUCAUCUAUAUUAACAUGUAUUUAUCAAUCAUAUUUUUGGGAUUUGUAAGCAUGGACCGCUGCCUUCAGUUAAUGCACAGUACUAAGAUCUAUCGAAUCCAAGAACCUGGAUUUGCCAAGAUGUUAUCUGCAGUUGUAUGGAUAAUGGUUCUCCUUAUAAUGGUACCUAACAUGGUGAUUCCAAUCAAGGAAAUAGAACAAAAGCCUACUGUGGGGUGUAUUGAUUUCAAAACAACAUUUGGAAAAGAUUGGCAUGUGUUUACUAAUUUCAUAUGUACAGCAAUAUUCCUGAAUUUUUCAGCCAUGAUACUUAUUUCCAAUUUUCUUGUUGUUAGACAACUUUACCGAAACAAAUACAGCGAGAGUUAUGCAAAUGUAAAGAAAGCUCAGGUAAAUAUACUGUUAGUAACGGCAGGCUACAUCAUGUGUUUCGUUCCUUACCACGUUGUUCGGAUCCCCUAUACUUUGAGCCAGAGUGAUGCUAUAACUGAUUGUCUUCUGAAACAAACCCUCUUUAAAGCAAAGGAAUCCACUCUGCUGUUGGCAGUGUUAAACCUCUGUUUUGAUCCUGUUUUGUAUUUUUAUCUUUCCAAGACAUUUAGACUGAAAAUUACUGAGACUUUUACAUCACAUAAAGAAACAAAGACUCUCACAGGAGAAGGAGUACACUGAGAAGAGGCACAUUAUAUACAAAAGUACUGUAGUAUUUCAGCCUAUGUAAGGAUAUUAAAGAAGGUAGUAACAGUGAUUCCCCCAA